ACCAAAUCAAAGACUGUUCUAUAGAGCUUUAGAUAACUUUUUCUUAAGUUGUUGGUUAUUAGAGGUGAAAAAUUAAAAACAGAUUUUUGUCUCCUCUUUAGAAAUAUCUUUUUGUUCAUGAAAAACAAGAUUAUCUUCUCAUCCAAAAAGAUGAAACCAACUGGGUUACUUUCGAAAGUCAACCAAGUGAGCACCACAGACUGAUGAAUAGAAUCAAUAAGAACGUGAUUUUGGCGCUUUUAACUUUGACAAGUUCUGCGUUUCUGUUAUUUCAGUUGUACUACUACAAGCACUAUUUAUCAGCAAAGAAUGGAGCUGGUUUAUCAAAAUCCAAAGGAAGCCGAAUUGGAUUUGAUAGCAUACAGUGGCGUGCAGUUAAAAAGUUUAUUAUGCUAACAUCGAGCCAAAAUGUACCCGUGUUCCUUAUUGAUCCUUUGAUUCUGGAAUUGAUUAAUAAAAACUUGGAACAAGUAAAAAAUACUUCUCAUGGCUCCACUUCAGAAUGCAACUUUUUCUGUGUUCCAAGAGACUUUACUGCCUUUGCUCUACAGUAUCACCUGUGGAAGAAUGAGGAAGGCUGGUUUCGGAUAGCUGAAAACAUGGGAUUUCAGUGCCUGAAGAUCGAGAGCAAAGAUCCCCGGCUGGAUGGGAUAGACUCACUUUCUGGAACUGAAAUCCCCCUGCACUACAUCUGUAAACUGGCCACGCACGCCAUUCACGUGGUGGUCUUUCACGAGAGGAGUGGCAACUACCUCUGGCAUGGCCAUCUGCGCCUCAAAGGAAACAUCGACAAGAAGUUUGUUCCUUUUCGAAAGUUACAGUUUGGUCGUUAUCCAGGAGCUUUCGACAGGCCAGAAUUACAACAGAUUACUGUUGAUGGACUAGAAGUUCUCAUUCCAAAAGAUCCAAUGCACUUUCUAGAAGAAAUACCACACUCUAGGUUUAUUGAGUGUAGGUAUAAAGAAGCUCGGGCAUUCUUUCAGCAGUACCUUGACGAUAGCACUGUGGAAGCUGUGGCCUUUCGGAAGAGUGCAAAGGAAUUGUUGCAACUUGCAGCCAAAACAUUAAAGAAAUUGGGAGUACGGUUCUGGCUGAGCAGUGGGACUUGUCUAGGAUGGUAUCGGCAAUGCAGUAUUAUUCCUUAUAGUAAAGAUGUUGACCUAGGAAUUUUUAUACAAGAUUACCGAUCUAAUAUUAUUUCAGCAUUUCAGGAUGCAGGACUUCCACUCAAACACAAAUUCGGGAAGGUAGAAGACAGCUUGGAACUAUCUUUCCAGGGAAAAGAUGAUGUAAAACUUGACAUCUUUUUCUUCUAUGAAGAGACUGACCAUAUGUGGAAUGGAGGCACUCAGGCCAAAACAGGAAAAAAAUUUAAAUACCUGUUUCCCAGGUUUACACUGUGCUGGACUGAGUUUGUAGACAUGAAGGUCCAUGUGCCCUGUGAAACCAUCGAAUACAUUGAAGCCAACUAUGGGAAGACCUGGCAGAUUCCCGUGAAGACGUGGGACUGGAAGCGCUCACCCCCCAAUGUGCAGCCCAACGGCGUCUGGCCAAUUUCCGAGUGGGAUGAGGUUAUCCAGUUAUACUGAGACAGUGGGUUGAAAUGGUAGAAUUCUUCUCCUGAAAAACAGGCGGAUAACUGUUUUAAAAGAUAUAUAUCUGUCAAACAUAAGUGGGAGCCAAAGAAAAACAAAUUUGAAAACUCAGAGUUCUAACUCCUAAGCC